UAUUAAAACCACAUCAUGUAUAUCUUCUUUUCAGGUAUUUAUAUCAGCUACUCUUUUUUUUGUAUUCUUGCAGUGAAACGGCCUCCAAUGAUAACCACACAGCCGGAGUCUGUCACGGUCUUUAGUGUUGAAGACCUCGUCAUGCGCUGUGAAGCCACUGGCAACCCUGUGCCCAUUUUCCGGUGGACAAAGGAUGGAGAGGAGUUUGACCCAGGCAGUGACCCGGAGCUGAAGAUGUCAGAGCUCUCUGGCUCAUCCGCAUUCUACACACUCAGUAACACUAUGGACACUUUGAAGCAGUACCAAGGCAAAUACGUCUGCUAUGCAUCCAAUGACCUGGGGACCGCUGUCUCUCACGAGGCCAUUCUGAACACUGAUGCUCCCCCAUCUCAACAGAAAGAAAAAAGGGUAACUGUGAAGGCUGAGGAGGGAAACAGUAUUGUUCUGAAGUGUAACCCCCCGCAGAGCUCCAUGGAGCCCAUCAUUCACUGGAUGGACUGGAGGCUACACCAUAUCCAGCUUAGUGAGCGGGUGGUGGUGGGAAAGGAUGGCAACUUGUACUUUGCCUAUUUGACAACAGAAGACAGCAGGCAGGACUACACCUGCAAUGUCCAGUACCUGGCAACGCGCACCAUUCUGGCAAAGGAACCCAUCACUCUCACUGUCAACCCCUGUAAGUGUAGCUUAAUUACUCUCCAAACUGAUUUAACUGGGCCUGAAAUAGGUCAGAGAGAUGAGCACAUGUUAACAUGGAGCUUGACCGUGGAGCUUGAGUGCAUCGUCCAAGGCCUACCAACUCCAAAAGUGUCAUGGCUGAGGAAGGACGGCGAGCUAUCUGAAUCCCGCACCGUAAAAGAUAUGCACAAUCGCCGCCUUCGCUUCAGUAACAUCUCUGAGAGUGAUGGGGGCGAGUACCAGUGCAUAGCUGAGAACUCCCAAGGGAAGGUCACACACACUUACGUUGUGACUGUGGAAGCGGCUCCCUACUGGACGAAGGAGCCUGUCAGUCAGUUGUAUGCCCCAGGUGAGACUGUCAGGUUAGACUGCCAGGCAGAUGGCAUCCCCUCUCCUACCAUCAGCUGGACCAACAAUGGGAACCCUCUCUCGGCAACCAACAAGGACUCCCGACGUACCCUGACCAACAGUGGGUCUCUAAUCCUAAAGGACAUCAACUUUGGAGACACUGCCAUUUACCAGUGCCGGGCCUCCAACAAGCAUGGGACCAUCAUCACCAACACAAACAUCUAUGUCAUUGAGCUGCCGCCCCAGAUCCUAACCGAGGAUGGGAAUGCAUACACAUUUACAGAAGGCCAGAAGGCUUUACUGGAGUGUGACACCUUUGGCUCUCCUAAACCUAAAGUCAUUUGGGAGAGCAGCAGCACCUCUUCCCUUCUGGCAGAUCCCAGAGUUAACCCGCUCGCUAACGGCGGGCUUGAGAUCAUGAAUGUCACUCACGACGAUGAGGGCAUGUACACCUGCUCAGUACAAAACACCAACUUGUCCAUCAGUGUCAUGCUAGAAGUGCUCAACAGGACAGUGAUUAUUACACCUCCACAGGAUCUGAGAUUGCAACCUGGAAAAACCGCAAUCUUCACCUGUGUUUCCCUUAUUCUAGUUCCUUAUUCUGUGAUUGACAUCCAGAAAAAGCUUCAGCUGUGUUAACAAACAAAGGUGUUAACAUCGCUGAAUAAUUUCCUUCCUCUGUCAUAAAAAUUUACUUUUACUUUUUGAAAAACAGAGAUGGUGCCACUUUUUCUCCACAUUUCUGCCGCAGAAGGCGCCAUGACAUCAUCAAACAUAACAUCCUUAACAUCCUACCAUUUCGUAGGGGAAGGAUUUCACCACUAGCCACUAGCUCUGUUCUAAA